UCAGCGACCAGACCAUGGUCAUGUUUCGUUAGGUUUAGUCCAUUGUUGGAUCUUUGUUGGUAACUGGGCUGCCAGGUGGUUUCUGGCUUAUUAAAAUUUUGACAAGUUGUGUAAGUAAUAUUUUUAGUGGAAGUAGCAUUUUAGUGGUGAGACAUGGGGGCUGAACAGAGCCAACUUUCCCUUAAUGACAACGUGAAACAGAACAGCGUUGCAUUCUUUAUCAAUGGCAAAGAAUACAAUGUUAAAACGGAUGUUGACAAAAUUGGCCCAAAUUCCCUGCUCGUGGACUUCAUCCGAGACAAGGCUGGACUCACUGGGACGAAAUACAUGUGCAGAGAAGGCGGAUGUGGGGCUUGCGUGGUGUCUGUAAAAUCUCGAGAUCACACCGAGAUUCGUGCCGUGAAUUCUUGCAUGACUCCUGUCCUGUCCUGUGACGGCUGGGAAAUUACAACUGUUGAGGGGCUCGGCAACAAGAAAGAUGGAUAUCACCCAAUUCAGCAACAAAUCGUCAAGUUUUCUGCUUCCCAAUGCGGGUUCUGUACUCCCGGCAUGGUCAUGAAUAUGUACAGUUUGCAGCAGUCAAAGCCAACCUUUAAAACGCAAGAUGUUGAAGAUUCCUUUGACGGGAAUUUAUGUCGUUGUACUGGAUAUCGUCCUAUCAUGGACGCCUUUAAAGCUCUUGCUAGUGACGCAUCGGAAGAAUUGAAAAGAAAAGCGGCCGAUGGGAAUUCGGCAUGCAACGGCUGCCCCAUGAAAAUAAACUGUUGUCAGAACAAAGACAAGGACAUUGAGGACAUCGAAUGUUGCAGUGGCCUUUCACAGAUUUACGUCAAACUCAAAUCUGGCGAAGAAUGGAUUACUGCCACCUCGUUGGCUGACGUUUACACGGCUUUGCAACGAUUUACCGAGGGAGGCAUAAAGUAUCGGAUCGUGGCUGGAAACACGGGGACAGGCGUUUUUAAGGAUGACGGCCCAUUCGCUGCCUUCAUCGAUAUUAAUUCAGUCCCAGAGUUAAAGCGGAGCAUGAUAGAAACUUCCGGCGUGAAGAUUGGAGCAAAUGUCACUCUUUGUAACGCCAUAGACCAGCUACAAAAGGCGUCUGAAAUCGACGGGUAUGAAUAUUGCGCACAGAUGAGUAAGCACUUGAAGCGAGUUGCUAAUGUGCCAAUUAGAAAUGCAGGCACGUUAAGCGGAAAUUUGAUGAUGAAACACGCUCAUCGAGAGUUUCCCUCCGACGUAUUUAUGCUCCUGGAGUCCGUGGGGGCUAAACUUCUCAUAGGAGCGUCUCCCACGGUGUCGAAGGAGUACAGCAUGAUAGAAUUUAGAGAGUUGGAUAUGCGGGGAAAGUUGAUACUUUCCAUAAUUCUUCCGGCUUACAAGGGAGGAAAUUACUAUUUCAAGAGCUACAAGAUUACGAGACGGUUUCAAAAUGCACAUGCCUACGUGAAUGGUGGAAUUCUAAUUAAAGUCGACACCAAGAAGAAUUUCAAUGUUUCGGAAAAACCUCGCAUUGUAUUUGGUGGAAUUUCGCCGGAUUUUGUACAUUCCACACAAACAGAAAACUUUCUCUUUGGCAAGGACUUAAAUAAGGGAACCCUUACAAGCACGAUGGAUACUUUGGAAGCUGAACUAAAACCAAACGAGACUCCGACGGAAGGAUCCCAAACUUAUAGAAAAACUCUGGCACAAUCCCUACUUUACAAGACAAUCCUCUCCAUUCUUGGAGAGUCGGCGAAAGCAUCCAUAAAAUCUGGAGGACAGGACUUGGAACAUGGUCCAAUGAGUGGGAAGCAGACUUUUGAGUCUGACCAAAAGGAAUGGCCACUUUACCAACCAAUUCCCAAACUAGAAGCCGCUGUCCAAGCUUCCGGCGAGGCCGAAUAUGUAAAUGACAUUCAUCCCGAGUUUGGAGAACUCUAUGGAGCUUUUGUCCUCACAACGGUCGCCAAUGCCACCAUUUCCAAUAUUGACGCGUCAGAAGCACUGAUGACUCCGGGUGUGGUAAACUUUAUCCAAGCUAAAGAUAUUCCAGGACCGAACAACUAUGCCAUAUUUUACCCAGUUGUUGAAGAGAUCUUUGUGAAAGACAAGGUUCGCCACGCAGGGCAAUCCGUAGGCUUAAUUUUAGCCGAGAGUCGUACCACUGCACUAGAAGCCGCCAAGAAGGUCAAGAUUGUGUACAGCGACGUGAAGAAACCGCUCCUCGAUAUCAAGGAUUCACUCAAACUGGCUGAGAAGAGGGGUGAAAAUUGUAUCUUCGAAAUCCAGAAAACGCCAUCGGAUGAAGAUGCAUCUGCUAACGCGACUCAAACAAUCAAAGGCGAAUUCCGGGUUGGAUCGCAGUAUCACAUGUCGAUGGAGACGCAGUCAUGUAUUUGCAUCCCGAAAGAGGAUGGGAUGGACGUAUUCUGCGCUACCCAGUAUUCCGACAUGGUUCAAGCCAUUGUAUCUUCCACCAUUCAAAUGCCGAAUCAUAACAUUAACGUAACUGUAAGACGACUUGGAGGAUCGUACGGUGCAAAAAUAUCGAAAUCAUCCCACAUUGCGGGAGCAUGUGCUGUUGCGGCGCACGUGACAAAUCGACCAGUUCGCAUAGUGCUGGAUUUGGAGACAAAUAUGAAAAUGAUUGGGAAGCGACUUCCGUACUUGACCACGUAUGAAGCAACCGUAGAUGAUUCUGGAAACAUAGUUGGUUUGAAAGGCUCCAUAUUCUGUGAUCCGGGGUAUGCUCCGAAUGAGACGACUUCACUCUUGGCAAUGAUCUGCAUGCAAAACUGUUAUCGUGCCAAUGGGUGGCAAAUAACUCCUGGACGGGCCUUGACAGACACACCAUCAAACACAUACUGUAGAGCCCCAGGAACCACACAAGGAAUUGCAUCAAUAGAGGCGAUUAUGGAACACAUAUCUCAUGUCUUAAAGAAGGACCCAGGAGAAGUGCGAGCCACAAAUUUUAUCAAAGCCGGCGACCCACUCUUAGGCGUUCCUGGAAAAACUUUCGAAGGAGAAAAUCCCAUCAGUAAAAUGAUAGUUGAUCUUAAAACCUCUUCAGAUUAUGAUGCGAGGAAAAAGUUUGUCGACAAUUUUAACAAGACAAACAGGUUCCGGAAACGUGGGUUGAAUUUAAUGCCAAUGAGAUAUCCGCAACACUAUCCAGACUUUAAUGUCCGGUUUCCCGUCUUCAUUUCCGUCUAUCAUGUGGAUGGUUCGGUGGCUGUGAGUCAUGGAGGGAUUGAAAUGGGACAAGGGAUCAAUACAAAGUGUGCUCAAACCGUUGCAAAAUUUCUGAACAUUCCACUGGAGAAAGUUCGCAUAAAGCCGACAAACAGUUUGGUAUCGCCCAAUGCUGGAGUGACUGGAGGAGCCAUGGGUAGCGAGCUGGUGUGUCAUUCUGCGAUGAAAGCGUGUGAAAUCCUGCUGAAAAAAAUGGAGCCAGUCCGACAGGAAGUAAAAGAUCCGACUUGGGAGAAAGUAGUGACUGCGUGUUACAAUAAACAUAUCAUGCUGACGGCUCAAUAUGAAGACAAACCUGGUGACGACCUGAAAGGUUACGAUAUCUGGGCCGUUUGUCUAACCGAAGUUGAAGUUGACGUGCUCACCGGCGAAUAUAAGAUCGUUCGAGUGGAUCUGGCAGAAGACGCCGGUCUGAGUCUUUCUCCUGAAGUGGACAUUGGCCAAAUAGAGGGUGCCUUCGUCAUGGGUUUGGAACUUUGGACGACGGAGAAACUCGUCUAUGACAAGGACACUGGAGAAAUUCUCACCAAGAAUACUUGGGAAUACAAACCACCAUUCGUCAAAGAUAUACCGGAGGAUUUCAGGAUUACGAUGAUCAAAAACAGGCCCAACCCUCUCGGAGUCUUAAGAUCCAAGGCUACUGGAGAGCCGCCUUUGUGCCUAAGUGUUAGCGUUAUCUGGGCCCUCAAGAAUGCGAUCGAUUCUGCAAGAAAAGAUGCUGGAAACACGGAUUGGUAUCAGAUCAAUGGGCCACUCACGCCGGAAGAUAUUCAACGACUCUCUCUCACGGACAAGAAGCAAUUUGACAUUUAAUCUGCAUGACUUGCAUUAAAUUGAACAUUUCCUUUUCAUUCAUUAUGCAUUUUGGGUUCUGUGGGUUUUUAAAUAAAGUACGUACUUCAGGUCUUUUGACUAACGAUAAAAAUUA